CUGAAAAGCUUCCAGUGAGUGAAGCACUUGUUUGAAAAUGGAACAGCGCCUUGCUGGAACGCUGCCUGUGAGCUGCUCCACAAAACCACAAUGAGGUAUCUUUGUGUCGAGUGAAGUAGAUCAAAACAGGAAAGUUGCUGCAUGCAAAUGGGAGGUGAGAUCUUCCUUUGGGAAGGGGUGCAGUUCAGACUCAGUUUUGUCAGGGAGUACCAACAUUAAAAAAAAGAAAAUUUACUUCAGUCUGUAGUUUUGAUGCCACGAGUGAAGGAAUUCUUAAGACAUUGUGCCGGGAUUGGCAACCUCUAGACAGGAUGCACAGCGUGGCUAGUUGCAGUGCAUCCCUGGGAUCUUUGGGAUUGAUGCAACUCUUUGGGGUUUCCUGGGCCUGGAGUAUUGCUGCUAGCUUUGGCAUUUACCUGGGAAGUGGAGGAUGGAGGUUUAUUCGGAUAGUGAUAAAAACUGCGCCAAGAGAUUUCUUUGGUCUGUUAUUGCUGCUGAGGGUUAAAUUAGCUGUGUGGAAGCACCAGCGGGAAGACAGCACCAUUCCAAAGAUCUUUCACCAGACCGUGCAGAGGCAUCCAGAGAAAGUGGCCCUCAUUUACGAAGGAGUUGACCAAAAGUGGACCUUCAGGGAGCUCGACGAGUACUCCAAUGCAGUGGCCAACUUUCUGCAUGAACAGGGCUAUGGGCCAGGCGACGUUGUUGCAUUGUUUAUGGAGAGCAGGCCCGAGUUCGUUGGCCUGUGGCUUGGCAUGGCAAAAGUCGGAGUGGAGGGUGCACUGCUGAACUUCAACCUUCGCCUGGAUGCACUCACUCACUGCCUGUCCGUGUCAGGAGCUAAAGCUAUUAUCUUUGGAGUGGAGAUGAGUGACGCACUGUUGGAAGUAAAUGGAAUCCUGGGGAUGAAAGUUCGGAGGUUCUGCAUUGGAAACUGGGAUCCAAGCAAAGUUGCAGUAGGCACAGAACAUCUUGACCCUCUACUAAGUGCAGCUUCCAAAUACCCACCCUCUCCUCCUCUGGCAAUAGGAUUCAUGGAUCGUCUGUUUUACAUCUAUACAUCUGGCACCACGGGUAUGCCUAAAGCUGCCAUUGUUGUGCACAGCAGGUACUAUAGGAUGGCUGUGUUUGCUUAUUAUGGAUUCCGAAUGAGGCACGAUGACAUUAUUUAUGACUGCCUGCCACUGUAUCAUUCAGCAGGCAAUAUAGUUGGGGUUGGACAGUGCCUGCUGCAUGGCCUGACUGUCGUGAUCAAAAAGAAGUUCUCGGCCAGCCGAUUCUGGGACGACUGCGUUAAGUACAACUGCACAAUCGUUCAGUACAUCGGGGAGAUCUGCCGCUACCUCCUUAACCAACCAGUCCGCCAGGCUGAGUCCCAGCACCGUGUCCGCAUAGCUAUUGGGAACGGCCUGAGACCCUCUGUCUGGGAGUCCUUCACCAGUCGCUUCCGCAUCAAGCAGAUGGCAGAGUUCUACGGGGCCACCGAGUGCAACUGCGCCAUCGCCAACCUUGACGGCAAGGUAGGAGCCUGUGGCUUUAAUAGUCGCAUCUUGCCCUGUGUCUACCCUAUCCGUCUGCUAAAGGUCAAUGAAGAUACACUCGAACUUAUCCGGGGUCCCAAUGGGCUGUGCAUCCCCUGCAAACCAGGUGAACCCGGGCAGCUGGUUGGUCGCAUAAACCAGCAGGACCCGCUUCGUCGGUUUGAUGGGUAUGCCAACGAUUCUGCCACAAGCAAGAAGAUUGCAUACAGUGUGUUUAAGAAAGGAGACAGCGCCUAUCUGUCAGGUGACGUUCUGGUUAUGGAUGAGCUCGGCUACAUGUAUUUUAAGGACAGGAGCGGCGACACUUUCCGGUGGAAAGGGGAGAACGUUUCGACCACGGAAGUGGAAGGGUGCCUGAGUCACCUUCUGGACAUGACUGAUGUGGCAGUGUACGGAGUUGAAGUGCCAGGUGUGGAAGGGAAGGCUGGGAUGGCCGCGAUUGCUGAUCCCGAGAACAAAAUAAAUCCUGACCUCUUCUACCAGAACCUGCUAAAGGUGUUGCCCCCAUACGCCAGGCCAGUGUUCCUACGGAUUCUCCCUGUUGUCGACACCACAAGUACUUUCAAAAUCCAGAAGACGAGGUUACGCAAGGAGAGUUUUGACCCGCAUCAGACAAGUGACAGACUGUACUUCCUAGACUCAAAGCUGGGAAAGUACAUCCCACUGGAUAAGAAAGUUUACAACACUAUUCUGGCUGGAAAUUACCACCUAUAGUUUAGAAAUCAAAUUCUGGGAAGCUAACAAUUUAAAAAUAAAUUAAAAAAUUCGCAGGGGGAAAAUCUGGAGGAAGCGUUUGGCUGUAUGAAGGACUGAAACAACAUCUGCCCAGAGGAGGAGGAAACCCUGUGAAAUGAAACUCUAUUUGGCUAACAGUAAAGAGCUGGGUGAAGUCCUAUUUAAGUACCAUUUGUCAUGCAGAGUGAACUCCGGUUUCUCAAAGUAACUAUUGGAAUGGCUCAGGAGUUGGGCCCCAGUCCACAGUUGGUGCCCCCUGAUCCAAGUGCCCUGUCUAGAAUUCAGGAACUGGACGAAGUGAUGCUAAUCCCGGUGGAGUAGGGGUGGACAGGUCCGAUUCCGUAACGGGAACCCUCAAGCUAAUGAUCUUUCAUUCGGGUCACUCUUUCUGCUCCACAGCGCCCUCGCUGGUGUCUUACAAACAUGCUGCGUGCUCAAGGAGAAGAUGUACCAUGGAACCAACUCUCUCUCUACAGUCAAACACUGGCUUCAAUCAAGAGAAUUAGCAUUCCCUUCUCCCCUGUGCCCACAUUCCACUGUACCCACCCCGGCCACAUACUGCCUCCUGUUAUUUGUUUAUAUCAAUGUCUGCGCUCCUGGAAUCGUACAACUGUUGCAGCACAGAAGGAGGCCAUUCGGCCUCAUUCGCAGUUACUGUUGUUCAGUGUUCCCUUUCUCCUGCCGCCGUGACCUGAACUUGGCGAACUGUGACUGAGAGAGAUGUGGGGCGGUGGCAGGGGUGGGGGUGCUGUUUAUUUGCAUCGUUGAGGCGGUGAAGUUGGGUGGGAGAGGGGAUUGAAAUUCUGUGGCCUGGAGUGCCUGGGAGAUUGUUUCAUUUAUUAACCUAUAAUCACAGUGUGUCGUGCUUUCGCUGUGCUAUUUUGAGAGGAGCUAGUGGACGCUUCAUUCAAAAUUGGGUGGCGAGCAGCAGAAGAUGCGACAUCUUCCUUUCAAACAAGCUGUUAAUGCUUCAUGUUGCAAACCUCAUUUUCUCCACAUGCAGUGAAUGGAAACAUUGAAGGGAAAUUAUUUGUUGAAUUUGAAAUGGUUUGGCCAGGGUUCUGCCAGUUGCUCCCUUGUGUUCCUAUAUAUGUAGUCACAUGACAGAUAAAGUACACCCUCUAAUGGGGGCUUAUUGGGUUUGUCUUCAAACAGAAUGUUCAGUUUGUUUUUACCCAUUUUGCAUCCCCAUUUUCUCUUUGCCACUGCUGCAAAAUGUUAGCCGAACACCAAGUUUAAAACAAUUCUUGUGUUGUCAGGGUAACCUCAUUGAUCUCUACCUAUACCCUGACAAUCAAGCGGCAAGCUUCACUCUUCUGACCAGCACCCAAACCUACCUGCUGUUUCAGGGACCACUCUGCCAGCCAGUUCCCUGCUCAGGGGUCAGUCUCUGGUUUGCUGCCAAAUGCUUUGCCAUAGGUGUGCGUCUUGCCCUAUAGCUUCUGAUUCUGUUUUUGCCUCACUGGACAGUCACUGACUGGAAGAUCAGGCAUCCCCCCCCACCCCCCAGCUUCAGGAAGCGGGGUGGUCGGAGAAAGAAAAUGUCCGACUUCAUUGGAGCAUGUUCCCUUGCUUUAAAGAUUCUGGGAUGGUCUCACUUCCUGAUGGAAUUAAUUUGUUUUCCCCUCACCAAACAAUGUACGAUGGGCAAACAAUACUGAUUCCAAACUCUGGUGACAACUCUUAAUGAGAGAUUCUGUAAAACAAAAGUCCAGAGACUGGAACAGUGACUGCACCGAGUUCACAGGCUCUGAAGAAGAGUACUGCAAGUAGCAUUCACUGCCAGUAUUACAGUAAAUAUUCCUGAAAUGCCAGGCCCUGGAUCCCACUGUACCAUUACCUCGGUUAAACUAUAACAGAUCAGGGGAGAUAUAGAAAUAUUAUUGUAGAUGUCUGUCUGUUUUCCCCCCUCCCCACCUCUCUUGAAGAUACUGCGUCCUGAUGAGUCACUGUUCCACAAACACUUUUUCCUCCUCCCAUUCCCCCCAAAUCAACCAACUCUUCACCCAUUAGACAUUCUUGGUGCCGGUCUGUAGGUUUUGAGUAAGUAUCAAGUGCUGUCGAUUGGUGCAUAGUCCUCCCCUCUUAGGACCUGACAUCCAGACUUGGUAUUCUUUCUGGCCAAAGUAACUGAUCGCCAGGAGCGGAACACUCUCUACCUGAAACCCCUUCACCCACCAUCCCCUCCUCCCCCACCACCCCCACAUCCCCCAGGGUCAGCGGGGUCAUCCGUUGCACAGUUGCUGCUGUCCUAAUUGUGAUCGACUAAAUCUGCUGGAAUCAAACUCGGGACCACCUGCUUUGAAUAGGCCAGUUAAGUCAGCAUUGCGUGAUUUCUUUCCAGUUCACGUUCCGGCCACACUUUAACCAUCCUCACUUGUGUGAAACUGAAUUAUUUUUUGGACAAUGAUAUGUCCUCCAUUUUUAAAUGUCUACCUCUCCCCUACUCCGCAGGUCAGUAAAGUGACAUUUCCCAAGCCUUGAUGCAAAACUGCUUAGCGGCAGGAUGAGUUUUCCUUCAGAUAUGUGAAAUUAAAUGAUCGACCCGCACAGGCAUUGAGACACCGGUGUGCUCCAUAGUAGGAACAGGUUUGAGUGUUAUAUUUAGGAACCAUUGCAAGAGUUUAGCUUGUAAAGUAUGUAAAUUUGGCACAAAACUGCAGCCUAGCCUUUCUCUCCCCUGUCCACCAAAGGAGCCAAAUCAAAAGAUCGGCCUACGCAGGGCCCCAUGGUUUUUCCUGGGAGUUGGGCAUGAGCAGGCAGCUUGCAUCAGCUUUGGUGCUCCCCUAAUGCUUGCCGCAGCAAAUCUCUGACUCCAGCCCAUUACCCACAUGUAAAUAUCCGCUCUUCUCACCACCUCCUCCCAGGUUAGAAAUACAGCCAAGGCCAGCAGGGCAUCUCUGGGAUGUGAGGUAGAAGGAGCUGGGGGGACCAAAGAUCCCAUCUCACCUGAGCCAUGCUUCAUACGCACAUGGAGGGUGGGGUUCAAAAAGCCGAGGCCUGAACAUCAGGCAGGACCAGGAUACGAGGCUAAUCUGUGCUACGUACUUCUACUUCAUAGGGAUUUCAGUAGCAGCACAGAUGUACCUUUGGGUCUCUUCAACCAGCAGAACACAAGUGAAUUAUGCUUGUGUUGUGAUUAAUACCGGAUGGAAUGAAGGGAAAUACAUUUGAAUUCUUAGCACUGCUGGUAAUUUAUAAAGCUGGUGCAAGAUUAAUCAAAAUACAGGUGAGACACUAGUAAUGAUUUAUGAAACCUAACUCUCUUAUAAGAAAUGUAUUUUCUUAAUAUCGGAAAGCGAAUGUUCUCGUUCAAGGAAUAUUAUAAGCUCAUAGGAAUUGCCUUUUAUAUUUUCUCUUGUUUAUCUGCUGUUGGAAAACUAUUGAAAGCUGAUUUGGUGUAGGGUUUGACAAUUGAAAUGCACUUCAGUUUCAUAGUAAGUUUGGGUUUUACUGGUGGGAGAAGCACAAAUGUAAUUUGAACAGGAAAAAUGUGUUUAAGCCACUUGUUAUGGGUAAGUACAGGGUGUUCUAAUAUACAAGGUGAGAAACCUUGAUGUUUAAAAGCAAUAUGAGUGAUGCAUUGUACAAAAGGAAUGAUUGUCAACGAGUAUUGUUUUUUUCUCCUUUUAAAGCAUUGAUGUGUCUCAAUGUUAAUUUUCCUCAGCAAUUUUUAACCAAAUUAGUCACUCUCACCUAUACCUGUGAACACACCUGCCAUACCACUUUCCGGAGUGCUGUAUUCUUAUGUCUGUCUUGGUGGAAGUGCGAUUAAACAUUGUGUGCCUUAAA